GAUUCGGAGUAUCGUAAAGAAAUCGUAUCGUAGAGAAAGGAUGUGUGGAUAAAGGGACCAAGAAACAAAACAGCUUCACACAGGCCUUGUUUUUCCGCUAAUACAGCUUUUGUGGGUGCGGGUAGUGAAAUUGAUCCGUGAUUGAAUCAAAGCUACCUGACCUGGUCAGUCAUUAUGAAUAAUCUGUUUAUGACAAACACAGAUUUCUGUUAAUAAAAAUGGCUGCAACAAGCUAUUUUGGUGGUUGUGAGGGUGGAGCCAGUCAUACAAUCUUGGUUAUUGUUGAUAGUUCGGGAAAUAUACUGGGUAAAGCAGAAGGGGAAGGAACAAAUCAAUGGCUUAUUGGUUUAGAUGAAUGUUACAAAAGAAUUGAAGAACUGACAAGGAAAGCAAAAAUAGCAGCCGGUCUUCAACCAGAUGCUCCUCUAAAAUCUCUUGGACUAUCCCUCAGUGGUGCUGAUGACCUCGCUAAACAGAAUGAGAUUUCUUCUGCUCUGUUGGUGAAGUAUCCCAACACAGCAGAGCACUGUCACACAUGCAACGAUACGCUGUCACCGCUCGUCACAGCAUCAAGUGGUGGUGGUGUUGUCUUGAUUGCAGGAACAGGCUCUAACUGUCUACUGUCAAAUCCAUCAGGAAUGACUGUAAAUUGUGGAGGAUGGGGCCAUAUUUUGGGUGAUCAAGGUAGUGCCUACUGGAUUGUGUUGGAAGCUUUACGUUGGGUCUAUCAAGAUGCAGACGGAUUUGAACGUUCCCCUCACAAGACAUGUUUUCUCAAAAAAGCCAUGUUUGAAUUUUUCGGCAUGAACGAUAUGUUCGGUAUACUGCCGCAUCUUUACCCGUCGAACAGUAAAGAACUGGACAAACACUUUAUCGCUAAAUUUUGCUUGGAGGGUGUUGUUAAAGGUGCCAGGGAGGGUGACAAGCUAUCUCUUCACAUUUUAUCAACGGCGGGAAAUAAUUUGGGAAAACAUGUUAAGGCAUUAAUUCCAAAAAUGGAGAAUGAACUGCUUGUAGAAAAUGGAGGUCUGAAAAUUAUAUGCGUUGGUUCUGUAUGGAAAAGUUGGGAGUAUUUGAAAGAGGGAUUUCUAUCCGGUUUGUCGCCACAAACAGAUGAAGAAAAACGUUUAAAAGAGAUCUCUUUGUUGAAGUUAAAGAACAAUGCCAGGCCUGCAGUGGGUGCAGCCGCUUGGGCGGCGAGAAAAGACCAGCUUGAGAUUUCAAUUGAUUAUUCGAAAAUGUCCGAAGAAUUUUUUCAUUGCAAAUUUUCGAAUUAAUGGUCGUAUAUUGUUUGGUAAUUCAUGAAUUUGAUUUCAUGAAUGUGUCGAAUGCUUUGAUGUUCACACUUAGUAUUUUUUCGUUAAUGUUUGGUAAUUUUUAUAAUAUAUAAAAUUGUGUAAAUAGAUUAGUGCGUCACCAUUUUUAAAAUGACCAUUUACAAAUAAUGUGUCCGCAAAGCACUAACAUGUUUGGAGGUUACCAUUUCAAAUGUUUACAGUUUUUUAUAUGCGCCAUUGGAAUUUGAUUCUGCGGAGUAUUUUUCUCGCUGUUUCAAGAGAACAAUUCUUUCACAAUUUUUUAAUGGCCAUGCAAAAAAAAAUU